UUCGUUUAGAGUCCGAGCUUGGAUUUCAUCAAAUUAAUUUUUCCAUAUAGUAUUACACAUAAAUAAACAUAAUGAAGUACUACCAGAAUAUUAAUGUAGUCUUUCACUUGUGGGCUCUGAUAUUCAUCUCUCUAUCAAUUAUGCAGCUUUGUUCAAGCUGCAUUUUGGAAGAAAAAAAUGCCCUCCUUUAUUUCAAAUCUUCCAUAACUGAGACCAAAUAUCCUCAUCUUGUUCUUCCCUCUUGGAUAAAUCAGAAUGCAGUCGGUAAUUGUUGCAACUGGGAAGGGGUCAAAUGUAGUGAUACGAUUGGAAGUAUUGUUGAACUCCAGCUUCCUUUUCUUGAUCAGAAUAUUCAUGAUUUAUAUCCUAGUUAUGAUUAUAAAUGGUUCCUAAACUUGAGCAGUUUGGUCCCUCUCAAGAACCUCAAGGUCUUGAACUUGAGUCAUAAUGAAUUUGGAAACAAUGGAUUUGAUUGUGAAGGAUUGGAUAAUUUCAAGGAGCUCGAAUUGUUGAAUUUGGAUUCGAACUACUUCAGCAAUGAAAUAUUUUACUGCAUUAAGGCGAUUUCUCCCCUUAGAAAAUUGUCACUUUUUGGAAAUAGGUUAAAGGGAUUGUUUCCUUCAGAAGGUAACUAACUAUUCCGCGGGUUGUUUUUCUUCUAUAUCGUAUAUUUUUCCGCGAUAUGAUACAGUUAACAUCAGAACAUGUUUGCUAACUUAGAAGAUAAUCUUAAAUGUGUAUAUUUUUUGGACAUGCAGAAAUUUGUAGCAUGAGGAAUCUAGUUGAACUUCGCUUAUCGUGUAAUGAGUUAAGUGGGAAUGUUCCUCCAUGUCUAAGCAAUUUAACCUCUCUCAAGGUUCUUGAUAUCUCAAAAAAUGAAUUUGGUGGGAGCAUAUCCCCUCUUGCGAUCACCAGCCUCGUACUCCUUGAAUACCUCUCUCUUUAUGGCAACCAUUUUGAAGGUUCAUUUCCGGUACGACUAUUUUCCAACCAUUCAAAACUUGAGGUCCUUGAACUUGGACCCUCAAGGAGUGCAUUAUAUGUUGAUUUCAGAGGCUUGGUUCAACCACCUCCUUUUCAGUUGAGAGUUCUCCGUUUAGCCCGAUGCAAUUUGCAUCAUGAGACCCAACCGGUUCUUGAUUUUUUGUUCUACCAAAAAGAACUUAGAAUUCUUGAUCUUUGCACCAAUAAUUUGGUUGGAAAGUUUCCAAAUUGGCUGAUACUAAACAACACCCACUUAGAAGUUCUUAAAGUGGCAAACAACUCGUUUACAGGCUCACUUUUUUCAGAUGGCACGCCAAAUUUGCAAAAUCCUCGGAUGUUCGACUUCUCAGAAAAUGAGCUUAGUGGUGAAAUUCCUCCUGAUAUUGGUUUGUCUAUUCAAACUUUGGAAUACCUGAAUUUGUCAGGAAAUGAUUUCCAAGGAAGUAUACCUCAAUCAUUUGGUAACUUGAAAGUGAUACAUUCUAUCGAUCUGUCAUAUAAUAAUUUUUCUGGGCAAUUACCGUAUCAAAUGGGAACUGGCUGCGUCUCCCUCACUUAUUUGUACUUAUCUAAUAAUAACUUGAGAGGCAAUUUCCCUUCUACUUUGGCGAACUUAACACAUUUGAGAGUUCUUCGCUUGGAUGGAAAUCAUUUUUUUGGAAGAAUUUCACAUGAUUUAUCUUGGAGCCCUUACCUACAAUGGUUGGGAAUGUCGAAUAAUGAAUUACGAGGAGAAUUUCCGAGUUGGAUUGGAAACUUGUCAUGGUUGCAGGUUCUUGACUUGUCACAGAACCAACUAGAAGGUGGACUACCUGAUAGCAUAUGCAGCCUAAGUUUGCUCGAAUUUUUAAACCUCUCUGAAAAUUUGUUCAAUGGAUCCAUACCUCCAUGCAUAAGCCUUCAUAAAUUGAAAUUCCUACACCUACAAGGGAAUCAAAUCACGGGUUCAAUGCCGAGUGCUUUGUUAAAAAAUUCAUAUGACCUAAGAAGUCUUGAUUUUGGACGUAACAAUUUGUCUGGUGGCAUUCCAUAUGAUAUCAUUGCACUCACAAAACUCAGAUUUCUCAUUUUGGGGAGAAAUAAUUUUCAAGGUCAGAUUCCUGUCCACAUUUGUGAUAUGAAGGAAUUAAGAAUUAUAGACUUUUCUCAUAAUCAAUUUUCAGGCCGAAUACCUUCAUGCCUGAGCAAUCUAUCUUUUGGAGUAAACUUGGAUCCCUCUUGUGACAUAUGGAAUACGUAUCACUCUUCUUAUGGAAUAAUGAUGCAUGUAUUUCUGAACAACACUUUGUUCCCCCAAGAUAUCAUUGAUAUUAUGGGAUCAUACGGGACAGAGUAUUUUGUAGCUUCUGAGACGCAAGAAAUAGUCGAGUUCACCACAAAAAGUAGAGCUAAUGUCUAUGUAGGCAACAUUCUGAAUUUUAUGUCAGGACUUGAUUUGUCAUGCAAUCAACUGAUAGGAGAAAUACCAUCUGAGUUGGGUGAUCUUUUUGGAAUUCGGGCAAUAAAUUUGUCAUGCAAUCACUUGCAAGGUUCUAUUCGAUCAAGUCUCGCGAUGUUGAAGUUUAUGGAGAGUUUAGAUCUUUCUUACAACAAUCUCAGCGGUAAAAUUCCUAAUGAACUCACGGAUCUGAACUUCUUAUCUAUGUUCAACGUGUCAUAUAACAAUUUGUCAGGCGUCACACCAAAAACUGGAGAGUUUGCAAAUUUCGAUGAGAGCAAUUAUAAAGGAAAUCCAUAUCUUUGUGGAUCACUCUUCCAAAGACAAUGUGGAAGUAUUACUGGUACAACUGAACAUGGCAAUGAUGAUAAGAUUGAUAUGGUGACCUUUUUUUGGAGCUUCUUGGCAUCAUUCAUUACUGUGUUAGCUACUUUAGUUCUCUCUUUAUAUCUCAGCCCUAAUUAUAGAAGAACAUUGUCAGUUCUUAUAGACAUAUGGAUAUUACCAAGGUUCUACAGUUGGUAUGUAUCUCAAGGACAAUUCUAAAACCUCUUUAUAAAGUCAAGGUUCUGAAAAAAAAAAUGCAAACAAGUUUUAGUAUAAUUAAAAGUUUAAAUGUUCUACAUAUCAGUUGAUACGUAUAUUAUUAGCUACUCGCAAA